AUUCCACAUCUUUGUGAAAGAUCUAUAAAUAUCCUCCAGUUGGAGCUGGGUUGAAGUCCUGGGACAGCUGAUGAAUCCCGGAACUGACUGAGCCCUGACUCCUUUCUCCACCAGAAGCAGAAGUGUGCUACCUGUACAGACAUUCAUUGACUUCAGUGGGACACUAAGGGAUUGAAGACAGUCAGCAUGGCUCUACCCAUAGACCCAAUGGAGGAGCCGCGAAUGUACCAGCAAACCUUGCUGCAGGACGGCCUGUAUGAUCUUCUGGAGAGUGAUAUGAUGGUUGAUUGUGUGUUGAAGAUAAAAGACAAGGAGUUUCCCUGCCACCGGUUGGUCCUGGCGGCCUGCAGCUCCUACUUCAGAGCUUUCUUCAAAUCAGGUGUGGAGGAGAGCAAACAGCGAGAGAUUGUUUUGGAGGACGUGGAGCCUGGAGUCAUGGGAAUUAUCCUGAAGUACCUCUACACCUCCAACAUCAAUGUGACAGAGCAAAACGUUCAGGACAUCUUCGCCUUGUCUAACAUGCUUCAGAUCCCGUCAAUAUUCACUGUAUGUGUCUCGUUCCUGCAAAAGCGCCUGAGUUUGAGCAACUGCUUAGCCAUUUUUAGAUUAGGCCUGAUGUUGGAUUGUCCUCGUCUUGCCAUAUCGGCGAGGAACUUUGCUUGCGAGCGCUUUCAGUUUAUUACUCGGGAUGAGGAAUUCCUGCAGCUGACUCCAAGCGAAUUGGCGGCAGUUUUGGCAUCAGACUCUUUGAACGUAGAGACGGAGCAGGAUGUUUUUGAGGCUUUGAUCAAGUGGGUUGGACAUGACCAAGAGAACAGAAUUGGGGACUUACCAGAUCUGCUGGACUGCAUCAGGCUACGUCUGGUUCCUCGGGACUACUUUGUCAAAAAUGUGGAGAAACAUGAGUGGUUGAGCUCGAAUCCUGAGAUCACUAAGAAACUCCAACUGGUCAAAGAUGCCCAUGCGGGGAAGCUUCCGGAACUCAAGAAAACCAAAAACAAAAAGAGUCCUAGUGAGGAAGGACAGAAGAAGGGAGAUGAAGAGGAGGUGGAGGAGGAGGAAGAGCAGGAAGAGCGACUUCCAGGAAUCUUGAAUGACAACCUGCGGUUCGGGAUGUUCUUGAGAGAGUUGAUCUUUUUGAUCAAUGACUCUGCAUCGGUGGCUUAUGACCCAACAGGAAAUGAUUGUUAUGUGGCAUCGGUCUCAACUCAAAUUCCCAAAAACCAUUGCAGUCUGGUCACAAAGGAAAACCAGAUAUUUGUGGCAGGUGGACUCUUUUUUGAUGAGCAGAGCAAAGAUGAACAGAUUUACUCAUACUUUUUACAGUUCGACCCUGCAUCGUCUGACUGGAUGGGAAUGCCUCCAAUACCCUCCCCUCGCUUCCUGUUUGGGAUGGGUGAAGCCGAAAACUUCAUCUUUGUAAUUGGAGGAAGAGAAAUGAAGGAAGGAGAAAACAUUUUGAACACAGUUAUGGUUUACGACAGACAGUUUCUUAAAUGGGCUGAGUCAGAUCCUCUUCCCUACCUAGUGUAUGGCCAUGGAGUUGUGUCUCAUAAUGAAAUGAUUUAUGUAAUCGGAGGAAAAGGAGAAAACAAAGAGUGUCUGAAUCGGGUAUGUGCUUAUGACAUUAAAACGCAUCAAUGGAAAGACCUUGCUCCAUUAAACACAGCACGCUCGCUCUUCGGGGUCACAAUCCACAAAAACAACAUCUACGUGGUGGCUGGUGUUACUGACUCAGGCCUCACGGGCAGCGCUGAGGUCUAUGACAUCAAAACCAACAAGUGGUCAGAGUUUGUUGAGUUUCCUCAGGACCGCAGUUCUCUCAGUCUGGUCUCUGUCAGUGGGGUCCUCUAUGCUGUGGGGGGAUUUGCCAUGUUUCCUAAAGAGGACAGUGAUGAUCUCAUGCCACUGGAGAUGAAUGACAUCUGGAGGUAUGAUGAAAGCGAGCGGACAUGGAGCGGCAUACUGAGGGAGAAUCGAUACGCAUCUGGUGCAACAGUUCUGGGAGUUCGUCUUAACACUCUUCGCCUCACUAAAAUGUAAACCUAUACACUAGUGCUGGCCAAUCAUUCACUGCACCAAAAUCUAAAUAUAAACUCUCUGCUGAUUUUAAAUUGUUUUAAUAACAUGAGAUAAAUUUAAAGCAUGCCUGGCUCAGUUGGAACAUUUGUUUCAGAACAUGGCACAUUUUGUCUAGACAUGCAUGAGCACUGCAAUCAUGCUAAAUUCCACAACCCUUUAAAAAGUAGUUUACUUUUGGUAAAAAUGCUAUUAACCAAUCUUUACAGGUGUCAAUUCCAGUUCCUAAAGGGCCCAUAUAUAUAUAUAU